GAGCAGACACCUGAGGUUCUGGAUGAUAGAAAUGUCUGCCCCUUACCCCAGGAAACCUACGCCCAGUCAAGUGUGAAAUAGGCUUUUUGAGUCGUGUUUUUCUGCAUUGUGUGUGUGUGUGUGUGUGUGUGUCAAACCAAACUGAGUGCCCUCUUCUUGUCCUUUCCCACAGCUCUCCUGUACAAGCCGAUUGACCGUGUGACCAGAAGCACGCUGGUUCUUCAUGUGAGUACACACACACACCAGUACAUUCACCGUCACGACUAGCAUGAGGUAGAUCCAUGAAGGAUUCCUGAUCUCACCCAGAGACAAAUGACAAGAUUGAAGAGAUAGAUUGAAUAGAUAGGACAGGAUCGAUACUCAUCAAGGAUUAAGAGUUACUGCUGUCACGUUGUGUAGUCAUGAGAAACAUAGUGAUGGGGCUGGGUAGAAUCUCUCUAGAAAGCCCCGCAGGUCAUUAAAAUUCAGCUUGGUUCUGUAUCCACCUGCGAAGACAAACCCUGCCUGCUGCUGUUUAUAGUACGUGUUGCAUUUGCCAAGCCUAUACUUUUCCUCUGCGCUGUCCAUCGAAAUGACAUGCUGUUAGAAACAAUAGGCUCUAAUUUGAUGGGCUACAACCAAGUGGAAAGUGAAACCGCAAGCAGAAAUGCCUAGACGUCUCCUCAAGUCCAGCUUCCAGUGCAUUUCAUGAAUAUGUUUGACAUAAAGCUAGUGGAGCCGUGACCAAACAAAGACCAGUUGGUUUGCUAAAAACAAAGGUGGGAGCAGAUCACGCAAACACACUGGCUGAGUCCCAAAUGGCACCAUAUUCCAAAUUUAGUGCACUACUUCUUCCAUAGUGUUUGACCAGGGCCCAUAGUGCACAAUAUAGGGAAUAGGGUGCCAUUUGGGACACAGACACGGACAAACAGUGAAAGUUACUGUAUUAUUAUCUCUUAAUGCCGUACAAAGACUGGUACUGUACUGUACCGCUGACAUCAGCUCAAGCCUUCUAGAGCUUGUCGGAAUACAUUUACGGUAGUGUGCUGACAAGGCAUAAAUCAGGCAAUGGAAAAGAGAUGGGCUUUUCUUUCACACACUCCUCUGAAAAAAGGAACUUCGUUACGCUGAGAAUAAGGUAUUUGCGAUGUGGAAGCAGGCUGUCUCAGCCAUUUCUUAGGUAGCACUUUAAAAAAUAAAGUAAUUAGUUACGCCCACAGUUCAAUAAAGGAGAGACUCUCGUAUGCUUUUAUUAGAGGAAAAUAUGUGGAACAAAACUCAGCCAUGCAUCCAAAUAGUCCAAUUCAUCAACAUAGGUUUAAAAACACAUGCACAGUGACUGUCCAAAGACAUUUCAUUUUAAUGGAUGUGGGUCUCUAUGUUUUUGGAUGGGGGUCCCUGUGACCAUUUGAGAGUUGCAUUCCCAGUGUGUGUAAAAUCUAAUGGUCUUUCUCUCUCUCUCUCUCUCUCUGUGUUAUUUUAGGACCUGCUGAAGCACACCCCUAAGGACCACCCAGACUUCCCCCUGCUGCAGGAUGCUUUGAGGAUCUCCCAGAACUUCCUGUCCUCCAUCAAUGAAGAGAUUGACCCCCGCAGGACAGCCGUCACCACGCCUAAGGGAGAGGUGGGGUCACACACAGACACACACACCAUUGUAAUAGACUACCUUAUACUUCUUAGCACUUCUUGUUGAAACCUUGGGGAAGUGUGCCAAUGUAUUUGUGAAAUGUGUUUUUGGGGUCAGAGAGAAACCCACAGUCUCUCUCCUUCUCCUCCUGCCCCCACAUCCUCAAUCUCUUCAUUACCAGCUUCCUCUCUCUCCCUCCUCUCUCUUCAUCUCUCUCUAUCUCCCUCCUCUCUCUUCAUCUCUCUCUAUCUCCCCUCUCUCUCUCUCUCUCUCUUGCAUCUUUUGAUCUUUUCCCUCUCUCUCUCUCCCAGCAUGCAGUGCCGGGUUGUUUGAUGUCCCCCUCUUUCUAACACUGCCUUUAUUGUUUCAUUCUGUCGUUUUUUUCUGCCUGUCAGCCUUUUCUCCUCUUACUGCCUCUCUCUCCUCUCUCUCUCCAUUUCUCUCCUCUCUCUCAUGCCUCCUCCUCUCUGUCUCUCGUCUCUCCUCUCGUCUCUCUCCCUCGUCUCUCGAUCUCUCUCCUCUCGUCUUCUCUCUCUCUCAUCUCUCUCUCUCUCUCUCUCUCUGAGUAUAUGGUUUUUACAGUCUCUGCCUGCUGAGUCCUUCCUCUCUUCCUUCCUUCCUCUAUCCCGCCAUCUCUCCCUCGCGCUUUACCUCUCCUCCUUUCUCCCUCCAUCUCUCUUCAGCUCACCUCCCUCCAUAUCUCUCUCCCCCCAUCUCUCUCCCCCCAUCUCUUCCUCUCUCUCCCUCUAUCCCUCUUCCAUUCAGUCAGCUCAGUUCUUAACCUCCCAGUCAGCUCUCCAUUCGUUACAUGUCUGUCUGCUACCAGUUAAAUGGAAAAAUCUCGCUGCCCUCUUUGGCUCAGACUUUCCUGAUUACUCCAGUUCUGGUUUAGCGCUGCCUUAUUUUAGCUUUCCUAGUUGGCUUGCUAGAGAUGGACAGAUGCAGAGAGAGAGAGAGGGGAGUGUUUUAAGUUCUGAGUGGCUUACUUUAGCUGAUGAUUCUCUUGCUGUAACACAGCCAUCAUUGAUAAUGCAAUAGACACAUAUAAAAUAUAGACAACAAGUGAAUUCUUUCAUAUUGCUGAACCUUGACCUGUACCUCCUACAGUAUAUCCUGUCAGGAAGUGAAUGUUUACGACUAGGCUAGUUGCCCCGUGCUGGGCGUGCCACAUGAAGUGAUGCUGUUUCUCUCCCUGGUAGGCUCGUCAGCUGGUGAAGGAUGGUUUCCUGGUGGAGGUGUCAGAGGGUUCCAGGAAGCUGCGUCACGUCUUCCUCUUCACAGACCUGCUGCUCUGUGCCAAGAUGAAGAAGACCUCCGCAGGGUAGGUUAACGCUCACAGAGCAUCAACACAAACCCAUGCACAUUCAGGUAUAUACAUAAACCCACUGUGCUAUUCACUGUGCAUAAACUUAGAUUAUACACUCUUGAGUGGUCUCCAGUGUGAGUUCAUUAUCCUAAGUCUGUUGAGAGGUGGGUGUGGUAGUUGUGCGCGCGAGCAGAGCACCAGGUGUCUGGUUAGCAGAGAGGCUGAUGGAGGCCACAGCCCAUCAGUGUGUGUGUGACUGGAGAGAGAAUAGACUAGUCUGUCACCCGAGACUAGACCAGUCAUCCAUAUUAACACUUAGACACUAUUUUCCUCCACCUCACCUUACCUCCCCGCUCACUGAGAGACUGUGAGAGAAUACGCUGCCCAUAACAAUGUAUCUCCCUCUAUCCCUCUCUCUAUCUCCUGUGAAUCUAUCAAACAUUUUUUACAUUCUUAUUAAAGGUGCGUUCGAUAGGAGAGAGAUGGCGAGAAAGAGAGAAGAAAGAGAGACCGAGUGAUACAGGGAACAUACUCCAAUAGCCUCUCCUUCUAUGAGCCAGACUGAUAGCUUGUCCCGUAUUCCUACAGAGUUCUAAUGGAAUUGAGUAGUUUUCUGUGAUCUGGAACAGUGUAUCAGGAUGGAUGACAGCCCUGCUCAAAAGGGAUUCUCUCUUUCACUGCUGUUAUUAUUUCCUCCAUUUUAAAACUCCAAAGUAUUCUCUGAUGUUAUAAUUAAAAAGGAAGACUAUUAAUUGAAAAUUAGAAUGUAGUCAUACAUGAUGCCUUUGGUGCUGUAGACCAGGGGUUGGCAAACUUUUUGGCUCGAGGACCACUGCGGGAUUUUGAAAUUCAACGGAGGACCGCACAGAUUUUUUGGGGGACUGAUUUGUUUGUCAAAGUCAAUUUGCGUGCCAGAAAAAGGGCAGUUAUUUUAAAAAAAAACACAUAGGUCCAUUAUAAUUUGUACAUACUUUUAUAUCUAGUUUUAGAUGUUCAAGAGUGAGUGGCCUGGAGUGGGUUAAAAAAAUAUAUACAUUUACUCAAGCCUCUCGGGGUUGGAUGUUUGCCCUUCUGUAGACUAUUGUGGAGAAAUGGUUUAGAAUAGUGAUUACAGGGCUCGUAUAGGGCUGAAUAUUAAGAAAUUGCCGUUGUGGAUGUAUGGAUGUUGGGAAAUGGAUAGAAUACAGCAAGGCAUGUAUUACAAUCUGGUCUCAAUCUGGUACUUGGGCCUAAGGCGAAGUGUUUGUGUGUGUGUGUGUGUGUGUGUGUGUGUGUGCGUGCGUGUCUAAAUUGGGAAUGACAGCAUACACAGCCGUAGAUUAAGUGUUUAAUUUACAGGAUUGCCUCCCAUGGCAUGGUUACCGAUGUUAGCGUGAUUGGGGCUUAUUGUGAUUGACAGUCGUUGCUGCCGCUGUCCUGCUACCUCACCGUGUGAAGGACAUACAGACAACUACCGCUGUCAUGGUUACCUCCAGUCUGUAAAUCACUCUGUUAUGGUCUGUAGCUUUAGCUAUCUGUCGCUGUGUCCCAAAUGGCACCUUAUUCUCUAUAUAGUGCACUAUGGGGUCAAAAGUAGUGCGCUACAUGGGGAAUAGGGUGACAUUUCAAAUCAAAUCAAAUUUUAUUGGUCACAUACAAAUGUUUAGCAGAUGUUAUUGCGGGUGUAGCGAAAUGCUUGUGUUCCUAGCUCCAACAGUGUAGUCGUAUCUAACAGUUCACAACAAUACACACAAAUCUAAAAGUAAAAGAAUGGAAUUAAGAAAUAUAUAAAUAUUAGGAUGAGCAAUGUCGGACUGGCAUUGACUAAAAUACAGUAGAAUACAAUAUAUACAUAUGAAAUGGGUAAAGCAGUAUGGAAACAUUAUUAAAGUGACUAGUAUUCCGUUAUUAAAUUGACCAGUGAUUCCAUGUCUAUGUACAUAGGGCAGCAGCCUCUAAGGUGCAGGGUUGAGUAACCUGGUGGUAGCUGGCUAGUGAAGGCUAUUUAACAGUCUGAUGGCCAUGAGAUAGAAGCUGUUUUUCAGUGUCUCUGUCCCAGUUUUGAUGCACCUGUACUGUAUGUGAGACGCAGCCUACUGUAUGUGUCCUCUGAUCUGGACUAUAACACUAUAGGAUUAGGCCAACAGCCAAUUAAAACACGCUAUCCAGUUGAUAGCUAAUCAUCAGUAUUAACUCACUGAGAAACCUUAAUCCCAUUCAAUCCCUCUAUAUCUACUCAAUCAUCAUGGAUUAUUAAUGUUUAUAUUGACUCCACAGCCAUAUUUAUUUUCCUACAGAAUUGGUGUAUAAUAUACCACCUUUUCCCAAUGUAGAGAUAUAAAUUAAGAUGUAAUCUAUGUGAUUAUGGUGAACAAGGGCUGUGAAAAGCUCAUUGGGGAGCGUGAAAGUGCUGUGGACGGACGGGAGGAGAUUAGAUAUGCAGAUUGUAUUCAACAGCAGCGGAGCCAAUCUUGGUCCCCCUAAUCAGCUCUACCUCAGUCUGUAAUAGAGAGAGUGUUUAUUAAGUAGACACUAGAUCAUCUUAAACACUUCUUGGGCAUUUAAACAGCGCAUGAAUACAGAUACACACCUUAGAGACAACAACAAUAACACUCCAUGGACCACUCUGAGACAAAGGGUUUGCUUACAAGGGGGAGGGGGCCGCAUCUCACCCCGUAUUAAGGAGGAGAGGAGGACUCAUAAAAAAUUGAGGGAUAUCUGCAGGCGAAGGAGGGGGUGGGGGUGAGGGUACAUAUUGGGAUGAAGAGACAAAACAAGAGAGAGAUAUUUGCUGUCUCCAUCCUCUGUAGCUCAAUUGGUAGAGCAUGGCGCUUGUAACGCCAGGGUAGUGAGUUCGAUCCCCGGGACCACCCAUAAGUAAAAAUGUAUGCACACAUAACUGUAAGUCGCUUUGGAUAAAAGCGUCUGCUAAAUGGCAUAUUAUAUUAUAUUAUAUUAUAUUAUAUUAUACAAUACAGCCAAAACACUCAGGUUAUUUAACUAGCCAAAGAAAAAUGCUAAUCUAAAACGUGAAAGAGUCAUACUACUAUUUGUUUGUUGUGCAGUAUUUUACUUUGGGGGUAAAAUCAGGACAUGUUAUUUAUUUUUGCUGUCAUAUUUCCUGUCCCAUCAUUUUAGAUGAGGUUUGCACACAUUGGAGUUCUGAUUAAUGUAUUCCUGUGUUAAUGAGUGUACGGUCCUGCCUCCAGGAAUGAUAAUGAAAGCUCGUUAGGGGAAUACAAAAACAUCUCUAACAACAUUAGUGAGCAUCUGUAUAACCUGAUGGAUGUGCUGAACACGCAUUUAGUCUUUCUGUGUCUGAGUGUUUACUAUGAGAUCUCCUCAAGUCAAGCAAUCUUUUCAAACUACUAAACAUAAGGAGAUAUAGUAGUAGGGGAGAUAUGUCUAAGUUAUGAGCAAAAUUGAAUAUGGCUCAACAAAGACAGAUGAUAUUGCAUAAAGCAAAACAAAUGGAAGACAAUUAAUUAUAUGGUUGGUGUUGCCCCCUCCUUUACAGGGCCAAUAGAAAUAUCUAAUAAUAGCUGCGAGCAGCAAUGAACGGGGUUCACAGGAUGACAGAAAGGACACAAGAUUUGUCACAUGCUUCGUAAACAACAGGUGUAGACUAACAGUGAAAUGCUUACUUACAGGCCCUUCCCAACAAUGCAGAGAGAGAAAAAAGAGAAAUAAUAGAAAAAGAAUAACACAAAGAAUAAAUAUACAAUGAGUAAUGAUAACUUGGCUAUAUACAUGGGGUACCAGUACCGAGUCGAUGUGCAGGGGUACGAGGUAAUUGAGGUAGAUAGAUGGGUAACAAUGCGAGCACUCUAUCAUGUAGGAAUGAUCUUCAUUUAUACAAUGGGUGGGUCUAAUCCUGAAUGCUGAUUGGAUAAAACCGCAUUCCAGCCAGUGUCUAUUCCACAAGUUGCCACCGGCUAAAUCUAUCACGUUAAAAUGCCUAUUUACUAUGUUCCAUCUGACUGCGCAAUCCACUGUCUCAUCAGCCCAGCCAGGCAACUUAUAAACUUGAUCUCCACUAUAAAAAGCAUCAUCUCAAAUAUAUUUUAAACUAACAUUUCGUUUUCAACAGCGGAGAUUUGUAUAAACCUUGCUGUCUGUCUCUCUGACAUUUGCGACAUUGUUUCAAUAUUCAAAUUCGAUCUCCUGCUGUCCCAUAGUAAUGAACGUGUCGGGACGAGACAGACAGACAGACAGACAGACAGACAGGCAGGCAACGUUUCUCAGCCAGUCGAAAUCAUGAAACAGCUGGCAUAAUUUUUAUGGAUAUAUACAAAAAAAUGUCAAUUGAAAAAAGGUAAAAAGAAAAGCAGUCUUUCCAGCUUCAGUUUGAAGUGAUUAUGUUACUAUAGCUGUGUUGUUGGCUAGCUCCUCUGAACAACAGAGUGAGUACAUUUUCUAUGCCAGGCGAAAUCGCGCCUCAUUAGCUCAUUGUUAUGGAUGUAUCCAAAUAAAUGUCACUAGAAAACAGCUUAAACAAAUGCAAAUGCAGCUACUUUGCUGUUAUUCUGGCUGGACUUUGACAUGACUGUAAAUUAGCCGUAGUUGGCUAGCUAGCAGGCAAAGGAUAAGAACUUUGCCAGCCAGUAUGGCAAUGGAACAUUUAGAACGAAUGACUGGGUCACGUCCAUAGAUACAGAACAAAAAGACUGAAUGACUGGGUCGCGUCUCUAGCAACUGCAAGAAUAUUUGAAGAUAAAUACACAACGCAAGGAAUUAACGAUCAUACUAUCCAGGUCUGUGCCCAAACAGUUUGAGCUUCUACUUCUAAAAAUCCAGAAAUAAGUCUCUCACUGUUGCCGCUUGCUACAGACCCCCCUCAGCCCCCAGCUGUGCCCUGGACACCAUAUGUGAAUUGAUUGCCCCCCAUUUAUCCUCAGAGUUCGUACUGCUUGGUGACCUAAAUUGGGAUAUGCUUAACACCCCGGCCAUCCUACAAUCCAAACUAGAUGCCCUCAAUCUCACACAAAUUAUCAAAGAACCUACCAGGUUCAACCCUAAAUCCGUAAACAUGGGCACCCUCAUAGAUAUCAUCCUGACUAAUUUACCCUCUAAAUACACCCCCGCUGUCUUCAACCAGGAUCUCAGCGAUCACUGCCUUAUUGCCUGCGUCCGUAACGGGUCCACGGUCAAAUGACCACCCCUCAUCACUGUCAAACGCUCCCUAAAACACUUUAGCGAUCUCAUUCCGUCAGUAGAGGAUGCCUGGGUUGUUCUUUAAAAGUAAUUUCCUCUCAAUCUUAAAUAAACAUGCCCCAUUCAAAAAAGACAGAACUAAGAACAGAUAUAGCCCCUGGUUCUCCUCAGACUUGACUGCCCUUGACCAGCACAAAAACAUCCUGUGGCGUACUGCAUUAGCAUCGAAUAGCCCCCGCGAUAUGCAACUUUUCAGGGAAGUUAGGAACCAAUAUACACAAGCAGUUAGGAAAGCAAAGGUUAGCUUUUUCAAACAGAAAUUUGCAUCCUGUAGCACUAACUCCAAAAAUGUUGGGACACUGUAAAGUCCAUGGAGAAUAAGAGCACCUCCUCCCAGCUGCCCACUGCACUGAGGCUAGGAAACACUAUCACCACCGAUAAAUCUACAAUAAUCGAGAAUUUCAACAAGCAUUUUGCUACGGCUGGCCAUGCUUUCCACCUGGCUACCACUACCCCGGCCACCAGCUCUGCACCCUCCGCUGCAACUUGCCCAUGCCCCCCCCCGCUUCAGACAGCUGAUGUUCUGAAAGAGCUGCAAAAUCUGGACCCCUACAAAUCAUCUGGGCUAGACAAUCUGGACCCUUUCUUUCUAAAAACUAGCCGCUGAAAUUGUCGCAACCCCUAUUACUAGCCUCUUCAACCUCUCUUUCGUAACGUCUGAGAUCCCCAGAGAUUGGAAAGCUACCGCGGUCAUCCCCCUCUUCAAAGGGGGUGACACUCUAGAUCCAAACUGUUACAGACCUAUAUCCAUCCUGCCUGCCUUUCGAACGUUUUUGAAAGCCAAGUUAACAAACAGAUCACCGACCAUUUCGAAUCCCACCGUACCUUCUCCGCUAUGCAAUCCGGUUUCCGAGCUGGUCAUGGGUGCACCUCAGCCACGCUCAAGGUCCUAAACGAUAUUAUAACCGCGAUCGAUAAUAGACAGUACUGUGCAGCAGUCUUCAUCGACCUGGCCAAGGCUUUCGACUCUGUCAACCACUGCAUUCUUAUUGGCAGACUAAAUAGCCUUGAUUUCUCAAAUGACUGCCUCGCCUGGUUCACCAACUACUAAAUCUAGAAUCGGCUUCCUAUUUCGCAACAAAGCCUCCUUCACUCAUGCUGCCAAACAUGCCCUCGUAAAACUGACUAUCCUACCGAUCCUUGACUUCGGCGAUGUCAUUUACAAAAUAGCCUCCAACACUCUACUCAGCAAAUUGGAUGUAGUCUAUCACAGUGCCAUCCGUUUUGUCACCAAAGCCCCAUAUACUACCCACCACUGUGACCUGUACGCUCUUGUUGGCUGGUCCUCACUACAUAUUCGUCGCCAAACCCACUGGCUCCAGGCCAUCUAUAAAUCACUGCUAGGCAAAUCCCUGCCUUAUCCUAGCUCAUUGGUCACCAUAGCAACACCCACCCGUAGUAUGCGCUCCAGCAGGUAUAUCUCACUGGUCAUCCCCAAAGCUAACACCUCCUUUGGCCGCCAUUCCUUCCAGUUCUCUGCUGCCAAUGACUGGAACGAAUUGCAAAAAUCUCUGAAGCUGGAGACUCUUAUCUCCCUCACUAACUUUAAGCAUCAGUUGUCAGAGCACCUUACCGAUCACUGCACCUGUACACAGCCCAUCUGAAAUUAGCCCACCCAACUACCUCAUCCCCAUAUUGUUAUUUAUUUUGCUCAUUUGCACCCCAGUAUCUCUAUUUGCACAUCAUCUCUUGCACAUCUAUCAUUCCAGUGUUAAUACUAAUUGUAAUUAUUUUGCACUAUGGCCUAUUUAUUGCCUUACCUCCAUAACUUGCUACAUUUGAACACACUGAAUAUAUAUGUUCUGUUGUAUUUUUGACUUUAUGUUUUGUUUUACCCCAUAUGUAACUCUGUGUUGUUGUUUUUAUCGCACUGCUUUGCUUUAUCUUGGCCAGGUCGCAGUUGUAAAUGAGAACUUGUUCUCAACUGGCUUACCUGGUUAAAUAAAGGUGAAUGAUCAAUGGAAAUAUUUGUUUUUCUGUAAUAAGGAAUUAACGACCAAUGGAAAUAGUUUUUUUUCUGUAAUGGGGAACUGAAGAUUAAUGGGUCAGGGACAUGGGUUGUUCUUCAGUUCAACAUCUGUUUAGAAUCUGUCCAGUCCAGGGCUCAUAGCUAUGUGGCAAGUUCUCAUUGGUCCAAAUUGUCUAUACAUUGAGCCUGAAACGGGAUACUUGGUAUUUGGCCAUUGGCCCAAUUUUAUUACAAGGAAUUCUAAUUGGUCAACCACAGGCUAGGCUUGGGUAUAAACUACACCCUCUCUCUUUGUUCAGUGGAGAAACAUUGAGGACAGGGAAGAAUGAACAUCUACCAUCUACUUUCCAGCAUAACAAUGAUUUGUUCUCUUUGAAUAAAUAUAUUUUUCUCCCUCUGAUUUGCUUUGGGGUCUGUGUUAUUGAAGAAUAACAUCAACUGCUAACACAACCCUAGAUUUGUGUCGGGACUAUUAUCUUGUGGAAGGAUGAAAUAGAAUGAAUAAAUUAAUCAAAAUAAUGUUUUUAAUGAAAAUAUGUCAAUCAUUAUUUGAAUAUGUCUCGGGCCUAACAACACCCGUGCCAAUAUAUCCUCCAAACGCCGGCUUCUCUGGCAUUAUCACUUAAUUAUGUGCAAUCAGUGAAAGCGUUACCAUGUUCAUCUCUCAAUACCACAAGGAUGGUGCAAGUGAGGUUUAGUCUAGUGCUGUAGGUUGGUGCCGUGGCCAACUUUGAAUGCAGAAACGAAUCAUUCUCAAAUUCUUUAGAGGCUAAUUUAUUGAGUCUAUAGUCAAUCUGAUUUAUGGUUCAUGAGAAUAUAUAUUUUUAAAGAUUUACAAAAUUGUAUAAAGAUGGGGGAAAAUCUAUCCUGAUGGACGUUAUGGGUCCUUGAAGCAAAUUUGUUCAGCAUGAUUAAAGGCGCCUACAUACAAUGUUUCAAGUCUUUAGGUCAAACGUGGCGGCGGAUAUGAGGGUUUAAGUGAGACGGCUUAUAACAGUGCCACCUAUAGGCCAAUCGGUGCCAUUAUUUUUUACCAAGUUACGCAUGGCCUCUAGUUUCUGUGUGCCAAAUUUAAAAAGUACUUACUAAUCUAUGCUUGAGUUAUUUGACCAUAUCAAGAACAUUUUAAAUAGAAGAAUAACAAUAGUUUUCACAACUUCGCUGUGAACCGUAUUUACAGUAGUUCCUCAUUGCCUUUGUCCCUCCAGACUCUAAAAUAUAUGAAAGAUAUUGAGCUCUCUCUCUCUCUCCACCCCUCCCUUUCUCUAGGAGACACCAGCAGUAUGAGUGUAAGUGGUACAUCCCUCUUGCAGACCUGACCUUCCAGUUGCUGGAUGACUCGGACGUCUGCCCCCACAUCCAGGUGCUGCCGGAACACGAGAUCGAGGAGAUGAAGACCAAGAUCUCUGUCAUCAAGAGUGAGAUCCAGAAGGAGAAGGUGAUAUAUUAUGUUAAUUAAAAAUAAUAUAUAUUUAGCCAGGUAAAUCUACAUGAACAGAUUAUCUUUUGAGGUUGUAUCUAGCACUGCUUUGUUUUAGACCCAAACUAAACCCAGUUGUUAUUAAUUGAGCCAAAAUGGUGGUGAUGCGGCCCUUCCUUUGCCUCCCACUCAGUGUCAAGCCAGGUCAUGGUCAGCUGGCCAUUAAGGCACUGUGGAGGAAGUGUCCUGCCCAGCCUGGCCCCCCAUUCUGGGCUGGGUUCCCUGGGUGUGUCCCUCCCUCCCUGGAGCCCUAUGGUCUGUGUUUGUCUUACUCUCUCUCUCUAUCAGAGGCUAGAACCAGCCUGCCUGGCUGGGUGAUUAGGCUGGGUUCUUCUAGCUUUAUUACUACUGUUGUUGUUAUUGGAACACUUCCCCUCACCGCUUCCACUCUUAGACAGGUCGACUGGGGACUAGAGAUCUGUGUGCCACACACACACACAAAGAGAAGGGGUCAACUUCCAGGUCAUCUGGACAGAGUCAGCACGUCAGUGUGUGAAUCACUUAUACAGUACACUCAUAUGUAUAUACACAAUCCACCCCCUCACUGUAUCUACACUCACAAACAGUAGGCCUACACUCAAGCUAUCCCGUGGGAAGUUUGUUUAUUCUGAUGAACUUGAGUACAGUGGAACAGCGAUAGCCAUCUAAUUGUAGUUGUCAAAUAAACACAGGUCCUUAGAGGAUGACUGUGUUCCCGGAGAUCACCUUGCCCAGUUUCCCUUCAACUCUUUACCUCUUCAACACAAUAGACUUAUUUAUGUCAGCCCUUUGUUGUCAUUUUACUGUGGAAAGCCUUGGGAGUCUAUAACCUUGAAACUGCAUAGGUUUACAAUUGAUUUACAACCUUGGCUUUAGCUGCACACUGCUUUUUUAUUUCAUCCAUCACACACAUCAUCCAACAACCUCUACUUAUUCUAAUGGUUACUAUACAGGACGGUAUUUAUUUCAACUUCCAGUGAUUCCUUCCUUAGUAAAUACCUGUUUAGGAGGUUUUGGAGAGCAUAGUGUGAGUUCAAAUCAAAUGUAAUCAAUCAAAUCAAAUUGUAUUUGUCACAUGCGCUGAAUAGAACAAGUGUAGACUUUACUGUGAAAUGCUUACGUACGAGCCCUCUCCCAGCAAUGCAGAGUUAUAAAGUACGAAAAAUGUGUGAAUAAAAAAGGAAAUAGUAACACAAUAAAAGAACAACUAGGCUGUAUACAAGGAGUACCGCUACCGAGUCAAUGUGCAGGGGUAUGAGGUAGGUGAGGUAAUAUGUUGGUAGGGGUAAAAGUGACUAGGCAUAGAUAAUCAGGAUAGAUAAUAAACAGAGUAGUAGCAGCGUGUGUGAAAGUAUGUCUGUGUAAGUGUGUGUGUGUGUGUGGCGGCAAUAUGCAUGUGUGUUGUGUGUGAGCGUAUGUAACGUGUGUGUGUUGGAGUGUCAGUGUAGUAUGUGGUGAGUGGGUAGAGUCCAGUGAGUGUGCAUAGAGCCAGUGCAAGAGAGUCAUUGCAACAACAAUAAAAGUGGGUCAAUGCAAAUAGUCCAGGUAGCCAUUUCAUUAACUGUUUAGCAGUCAUGGCUUGGGGGUAGAAGCUGUUUAGGAGCCUUUUGGUCCCAGACUUGGUGCUCCGGUACUGCUUUCAGUGUGUUAGCAGAGAGAAUAGUCUAUGACUUGGGUGGCUGGAGCAUUUGACAAUUUUUAGGGCCUUCCUCUGACACUGCCUGGUAUAGAGGUCCUGGACUUGGAGACCUAGGCCUGUAUUCACAAAGCGUCUCAGAGUAGAAGUGCUGACAUUGGAUCAAUUUAGCCUUUUAGAUUAUAAUGAAUACGGUUAUAGUAAAGGGACCUGAUCCUAGAUCAGCACUACUACUCUGAGAGGUUUAUGAAUACAGACCCUGUGCUUCCAGGUUGAUACCAGACUGCUACAAUGGGUCAUACAGUAGGGGCAGACUGACUGACUGCACUAAUCAGAGCCGGAAAAGGCUGAUUGAACUGAUUACAGCCAGAGCAUGGCCUGACUCUGCUUCCUGGCAAGGGAUGGGUUGGAGGAGGUUGUGUAGGGAAUGGAGAUUCUGGAGGGCAAGGACAUGGACAUUCCUUGGAAUAGUUAUCAAGCAUCACACUGUAAAUUCUAGUGAACAAAAUGUAGCCAAAUCAUUUCCCCUGUUUACAAAUGUCUCAGGAAUACAAAAUGCGUAUUCAUGGUCAAACACACACGAUACAAUUCAGGUUUAGUAGAUGGUACAGUGUGUUGGAUUUCAUUGUGAUUACAGUAUAACAGGGCUAUUCAACUAUAUUCUUACAGGGGCCAGAUGUAAAGAAGGUUAAUUGCAGGGGGCCGGACAUUUUCCACAUGCAAUUAUUCUUUGGAAGAACUGUAUAAAAAAGUUUCGCACACACACCAAUAAAGCACUUUUCUUAAAAUGUAAUGUUGCUAAAAGUAAUAAGGAAAGAAGUGGAGGGUGCUCAACCAACGGGAGUCGAGGUGCAACCCACAAAUGGGAUAAUCAUUAAACGCUCACCAUUAUUAUUAUUAUUAUUUUUUUACAACUAUUGAAAGCUUCUUAAAAGUAAUUAGGUCAUUUUAUUUUCUGAGAUAUGUCAAAUCAGGUAUUGACAAAUUCCAGUCUGAAGGAAGUAUGCUUUGAAUUCAUUUCCCUCAGUCCUUCUUUUAUUUUCUUCCUGAGAGUUGUAGCUUUCAGAAAUGGGGUCAUAAUAUUUUGUAGCUUUAACCGUUCAAACGCUAGAGCCAAAUUCAUAUGAAGAAAAAAGAAUCAACAUGCCACAUAGGCGCUAGAAACUGCUAGAAACCACACAAUAGACAACCACAUUAGUGCUUAUCAUUUUUUUUUUGCAUAUCUUUUUAUUAAUGUUCAGAAUUGAUCAAAGGGCCAAUCUAAAUUAAUAAACGGCCCGGAUCUGGCUCGUGGGUCGCCAGUUGAAUAGCCCUGCAGUAUAACAAACUGUAUGUUAACAUACUGCGUGCCCUGUUUGUUUCUGUGUGUGUAGAAAGCGCUGAAGGGCCAAAGUCGUAAUGUGGAGCGUCUGAGGAAGAAGAUGAACGAGCAGGAGUCCUGGCUGCUGUUACACUCUCCCACCAUCCCUUUCCGCAUACACAACAAACACGGCAAGGUAAGCUGCUACUGCGUAACCACUGGCCCUGGAUCAGAUAUAUUUUCACACUCUAAUGGUUUGGGUGAAGACUGGGGGUUGGGUAAUCUGAUUCUAGAUCUGUGUUGAUGUCCCACUGCUGGCUUGCCUGUGAAGCUAAGCAGGGUCGGUCCUUGGAUGGGAGACCAGAUGCUGCUGGGAGUAGUGUUGGAGGGCCGGUAGGGGGCACUCUUCCCUCUGGUCUAAGGAGAUCCCAAUGCCCCAGGGCAGUGAAGGAGAGAUUGCCCUGCGCAGGUUGUCGUCUUUCGGAUGAGACGUUAAACGGGUGUCCUGACUGUGGUUAUUAAAAUCCCAUGACACUUAUUGUAUGAGUAGGGGUGUUAACCCCGGUGUCCUGGUUAAAUUUCCAACCUGGCCCCAUUCCAUCAUGGCCACCUAAUCAUCCCCCUCAUUCCUAAUUGGUGUAUAUCACUCCUCACCUCUCCACCAUGCUAGCUGAUGUGUGGUGGGCGUUCUGGCACAAAAAUGGUUGCCGUGCAUCUCCCAGGUGGGUGCUACACAUUGGUGGUGGAUGAGGUGAGUUUCCCCUUACUAUGUAAAGCACUUUUAAAAUCUCAGUUGGUAGAAAGGCACUAUAUACACUGCUCGAAAAAAUAAAGGGAACACUAAAAUAACACAUCCUAGAUCUGAAUGAAUGAAAUAAUCUUAUUAAAUACUUUUUUCUUUACAUAGUUGAAUGUGCUGACAACAAAAUCACACAAAAAUUAUCAAUGGAAAUCAAAUGUAUCAACCCAUGGAGGUCUGGAUUCGGAGUCACACUCAAAAUUAAAGUGGAAAACCACACUACAGGCUGAUCCAACUUUGAUGUAAUGUCCUUAAAACAAGUCAAAAUGAGGCUCAGUAGUGUGUGUGUGGCCUCCACGUGCCUGUAUGACCUCCCUACAAUGCCUGGGCAUGCUCCUGAUGAGGUGGCGGAUGGCCUCCUGAGGGAUCUCCUCCCAGACCUGGACUAAAGCAUCCGCCAACUCUUGGACAGUCUGUGGUGCAACGUGGCGUUGGUGGAUGGAGCGAGACAUGAUGUCCCAGAUGUGCUCAAUUGGAUUCAGGUCUGGGGAACGGGCGGGCCAGUCCAUAGCAUCAAUGCCUUCCUCUUGCAGGAACUGCUGACACACUCCAGCCACAUGAGGUCUAGCAUUGUCUUGCAUUAGGAGGAACCCAGGGCCAACAGCACCAGCAUAUGGUCUCACAAGGGGUCUGAGGAUCUCAUCUCGGUACCUAAUGGCAGUCAGGCUACCUCUGGCGAGCACAUGGAGGGCUGUGCGGCCCCCCAAAGAAAUGCAAGCCCCACACCAUGACUGACCCACCGCCAAACAUGCUGGAGGAUGUUGCAGGUAGCAGAACGUUCUCCACGGCGUCUCCAGACUCUGUCACGUCUGUCACAUGUGCUCAGUGUGAACCUGCUUUCAUCUGUGAAGAGCACAGGGCGCCAGUGGCGAAUUUGCCAAUCCUGGUGUUCUCUGGCAAAUGCCAAACGUCCUGCACGGUGUUGGGCUGUAAGCACAACCCCCACCUGUGGACGUCGGGCCCUCAUACCACCCUCAUGGAGUCUGUUUCUGACCGUUUGAGCAGACACAUGCAUAUUUGUGGCCUGCUGGAGGUCAUUUUGCAGGGCUCUGGCAGUGCUCCUCCUGCUCCUCCUUGCACAAAGGCGGAGGUAGCAGUCCUGCUGCUGGGUUGUUGCCCUCCUACGGCCUCCUCCACGUCUCCUGAUGUACUGGCCUGUCUCCUGGUAGCGCCUCCAUGCUCUGGACACUACGCUGACAGACACAGCAAACCUUCUUGCCACACCUCGCAUUGAUGUGCCAUCCUGGAUGAGCUGCACUACCUGAGCCACUUGUGUGGGUUGUAGACUCCGUCUCAUGCUACCACUAGAGUGAAAGCACCGCCAGCAUUCAAAAGUGACCAAAACAUCAGCCAGGAAGCAUAGGAACUGAGAAGUGGUCUGUGGUCACCACCUGCAAAACCAGUCCUUUAUUGGGGGUGUCUUGCUAAUUGCCUAUAAUUUCCACCUGUUGUCUAUUCCAUUUGCACAACAGCAUGUGAAAUGUAUUGUCAAUCAGUGUUGCUUCCUAAGUGGACAGUUUAAUUUCACAGAAGUGUGAUUGACUUGGAGUUACAUUGUGUUGUUUAAGUGUUCCCUUUAUUUUUUUGAGCAGUGUAAAUCCAAUAUAUUAUUAUUUACUUUUCCACCACUGGAGGGAGCUGGUGUCCUAUAAAAUUUGAUUUCCCCCUGUUUUGUCCUCAGAGCUACCUGUUCCUCCUGUCUUCAGACUAUGAGAGGUCAGAGUGGAGGGAGAGCAUCCAGAAACUACAGAAGAAAGGUACAGGAGUCAGGAGAGUGAGAGGACAGGCUGAUAUAGUUUUUUAAAACAACUAUGCCAUGGAUUCAAUGCCUUCAAUGCAAUUGCACAUUUAAAGAACCUAUAGCCUGGCUGUAUGUUCAGGUUUAUUAACGGUGUGUUUCUGUGUUGGUCUUCAGAUCUGCAGACGUGUCAGUUGAGCUCUUUAGAGCUGCAGGUCCUCACCAGCUCCUGCUUCAAACUCCGAACUGUCCACAACAUCCCUGUCACCAGUUAUAAAGAUGGUAGGUCACACACACACACACACACACACACACACACACACACACACAGACACACACACACACACACGUAUGUGUGUACAAACACAUGCACAGACACAAACACGUUCACCUCUCCUUCCUUUCCCCUCUGUUUUGAGUUAAAACCCACAAACACAUCUACUUUCUCAGCACAAAAAUAGAAAUGGGUUGGUAAGGAAUCUAGGUUACAAUGUGUUUCUCAUCUAGUGAUAUGUGCCAUGGUGUGUGUGUGUGUGUGUGUGUGUGUGUGUGUGUGUGUGUGUGUGUGUGUUGCAGCAGGGUUCAGAUGGAAUGUUUGGAUUGGGGUGACAUUAAAGCCAGCUGGGAGACCUGCUGUGAGCUCCCAGGAUGCACAGGGGGACAGGAAAUGGCAGGGAGACACACACUCAUACACAACACUGUUAUACCAUUACACUCGGUCCCACAUUAAACAAACAAGAAAGCGUUCAUAAAGUCUUCAUAAGUCACUUUUUACUUUUACGUCAGUAAGCAGACGCUCGUGGGAAUCGCACCCACAACCCUGCCGUUGCAAGCGCCAUGCUCUACCAACUAAGCCACAUGGGACCCCACUAUGCACCACAAAUCCCACACUCAUGGUUUUCAUGGUUGCUUCUACAGUCCUUAGAGAUGUAAUAUCUUCAUCAAAAGACAAACAUGUUUUCUUGCAAGGCAAGGGUGUUUCUCCUCCUGUGCUUUUGCUUACACUGAAUGAUACAUUGUUAUCUUGCUAGAUUUCUGCUAGACUUAGUUUAGUAAGUUGGAUAUCAUGUACAGUAGUAUAAAUCUAAAUUGGCCACAAUAUUUGCAAGUCACAUUAGGAUUAUCUGAGUCUGGCCACAGCAUUGUAAACCCAUGAUUACAGACAGUGAUAUACACUGAGUUUACAAAACAUUAGGAGUGUUCAAAACACUAAUAUUGAGUUGCACCCCCUUUUUCCCUCAGAACAGCCUCAGCCUUCUGCCCUCAGAACAGUCGAAAGUGUUCCACAGGGAUGCUGGCCCAUGUUGACUCCAAUGCUUCCCACAGUUGUGUCAAGUUGGCUGGAUGUCCUUUGGGUGUUGGAGCAUUCUUGAUACACAAGGGAAACUGUUGCGCAUUCAAAGGAACUUAAAUAUUUUGUCUUGCCAAUUCACCCUCUGAAUGGCACACAUACACAAUCCAUGUCUCAAGGCUUAAAAAUCAUUAUUUAACUUGUCUCCUCCCCUUUAUCUACACUGAUUGAAGUGGAUUUAACAGGUGACAUCAAUAAGGGAUCAUAGCUUUCAUCUGGAUUCACCUGGUCAGUUUAUGUCAUGGAAAGAGCUAAUGUUCCUAAUGUUUUGUACACUCAGUGUAUUUUGAUGGUACAGUGCUUCCCCUUGUGGUGACCUGAAGUACAGCUCCUGGCUGGCACAGACGGUCAGUUUGUCAAAGCAACUCCCUUUAUACUCACAUCAAACACUUCUGUUUGCUCUCCAGUUUAGAGGGGAUCUGACAUGUGAUUAAGCAAAGCAAAGCAUUCUUUCUCCUCGAUAGUCACUAUACAGCACAGUAUGGCAAAACAAAGGCUCCAGUUCAGUUCAUUGGCAUUUGACAUAUGUUCUACCACUAAAACAGACACACACACCAUGCUAUGAAAUGAUUAAAUGUAGGGAGUAGCAGAGUAGCUGAGGGGGUGAAAUAAAGACCAGCUGGAGGAGGAAUGUGAUCCCCUAGAUACCAUCACUCUGUCUGACACAACACUCAGGCCAUUAUAGGGACCAGGUAGAAGAAACUAGCUACAGAUCUAGGAUCAGAUUACUCUAACCCUGAUCCUGACCUUAAACAUUAGGGGGUUCUAGGAAUACACAUUGACAUGUUAUUACUACCAUAUUCUUUGAGUAUUUUUGUUGUGGUUAUGAUAGAGACAGAAUACCAUCUUUUAAAAAGAGCAGUGGAGGGGGGAAACGAAAGUUUAGAGUCUAGAGUAGACCUUCUCUUGGCUUCUCCCUCUCUCUUGGUGGCAUGACCUGUCUCUGACUGAACACAUACAGUCCAUAGCACCAUACAUACACAUGACAUAUUGUUUUUCCAGGACUCAGUUUUUCGCCUCUCAUCUCAGUAGUGGUCCAGAGCAUAACCCGAUGGGCCUGCAGGGAUCUCCAAACAGGCCUUCUCCAGUUUCAAACCCCUGUUUAUUUACCAGGAAGCGCGCAGGCCUCACAGGCCUCCGCAACAUAAUCAUACAGGGGACAAGAGAGGGAGAGGGGAAGCAUAGGUGUGUGUAUUGGAUUGUGUGUGUGUAGGCUGGCGUGUGUGUGUUUUCAAGGCCCACCCAAGAACAUGCUUGUGAAUAUUUAUCUGUCUAAGGCUAAGAUACAUACACAUAUACCAUGGGGCAAAAUUAUUCCUCCUGUUUUCCUGCUAAUGUCAGAGAGAAAUGAGGGAGUUGUGGGACAGCUGUAUGGGAUGCCUUGGUGUUGAGGUCACACACUAAGAUGAAUGAAGCAGAGUGUGUGAUUGAACCUGAUCUCCUCCAUCUACCACAGCUCAGUGUGUGGUGUGUGUGUGUGUGUGUGUGUGUGUGUGUGUGGACCCAGUCCUCUUCAUCGUCUUUGCUUCCUUCUCCAACAUGGGGCUUCAGUUAGUCCACCUGAAAGAAUACCUCACACAAGCACACUGACACACACACACACAAGCAAUGUCACUAAAAUAUAUACUACUACACUGUUCAUUGCAAAUGAAAUGUACCCUCGGCUAUGAGGUAACGGGAUACGUCCCAAAUGGCACCCUGUUCCCUAUAUAGUGCACUACUUUUGACCAGAGCCCUACGGACCAAAAGUAGUGCACUAUAUAGGGAAUAGGGUGUCAUUUGGGACGCAGCCUCGGGGUUAUGAGAAUUAAUUUUCCCAGGUCACAUCCAGGUCACUGAUAAUGAGUGUAACUAACUGCGUUGUGUUGUUUUGUGCUGUGUGUUCCAGAUGAGGAAACCCCAGGCCUGUAUGGAUUCCUCCAUGUGAUCGUCAACUCUGCCAAAGGCUUCAAAGAGUCAGCCAGUAAGUCUCUCUGUCAUACUGGGCUUAUACUGCACUGUGCUCAGCAUCUGCUCUGUGUCUGUGUCUGUGUCUGUGUCUGUGUCUGUGUCUGUGUCUGUGUCUGUGUCUGUGUCUGUGUGUGUGUGUGUGUGUGUGUGUGUGCAUGUGCAUGGAUGCACACACGUGUCCAUCAGCAUCUUUCAGCUUUUGUAUGUGUGCUCGACACAAGGACGUUCAUUUUAUGGAUCAGCACAUCUUGAUGGUUAUAGCAUAUCAUUUACAGCUUGUGCCACAACCCAACAAAGAGGACAGAGGUUACAGGGAGAAAGGGUUCAGGGUUACCAUGUCUGUCCCUGCACACUGGUUCUCUUCUCCACAGUAAAUCAUUUUACAAGGCCACAACACAGACCCCCAGCACAGAGGUAGAAGUUACCACUGAAACCGGGUCAGGUAUUAUUUAAUCCCCCUAAUGGUUAAGGAUUUGAAGUAAUGGACUAUCUGAUCCAAAAUCUGUGGUUAGGUGCAACUGCUACCUCGUGCUAUUACUGACUUGUGGCCGGGGUUCUCCUGGUAAAAGAGAGAGAGGGAUGGAGAGGAAGAGAUAGAGGUGGAGAGAGAGCGCGAGAGAAAGAGAAAGAAAGCCACAGGGCCAGUCCCUGAGGAGCAGCUCUGGACCACAGUCACAUUCCUGUGGCUCCUUUGAUGCUAGGGUCCGUCAGGGACACAACUACUCCAUAAAGAGAGCUGACAGGAACAGAGUGGCCCCUACACAGCCACAGCCGAGCCCUCAACGGACACACACACACACACACACACUCACGGACAGUGAAGGCCAGGAGAAGCUUUUUCUCUCUAUCCCUAUCUCUCUCCCUCUCUUUCUCUCUCUCCCCCCUCUCUCUCUCAGCCGACAGACACACCCUGGCCUCACCCCGCCUGGUGUGUGCAUGAUAGCCCUAGCCCUGACUGCCUGUAUGUGUUAUCAGGGGGAUAUGAUGUCAGAGAGCCCUAGAGUGUCGCAGAUAUGUCUGUACCAGACAGCUGGCGCUCCACUGAACACUCUCCACUGUCUGUUACCCUGUUACACAAGAAGCACCAGUUCAAAUAUUACCACAGCAGGAAAAAAAAGACCCAACGAAAUACGCCUCCGCCUCAGUUACUAUGACAGCCUGUACUGUAGUAUACUUUAUGAAAGCUUCAGAGAGAGAUUUUCUUGUGUAAUGGGUUGGGGAAAAAUUGGAAAGCUGUCUCCACUGAAAGCCUGUUUGAUCCUCACCGGAGCAGUGGGCAUAAUUGUUUAAAAAUGAAGAAGCAUGUUGAAGUGGUUUGGUUUUACUUUCCCUCAAUUUUCUCAUGGACCGUACCAUUGUCAUGCCCCUCUGAUAUGCGGGGGGGAGUAUGUAAGAAAUGUAAAAGGUGCUGUUUUAGUCUAAACACCCCUUCAUGGGUACAUAGUGUCUCCUAUGUCUAUGUAGCGGGUCGUAGCUAGCAUAAUGAUGCAGUUAAGCCACCUACCUACCUGAGACCAAGUCACCUCUGAACCCCAACAACCUGGUUCAACAGUAUGAUACAGUAUAGUUGGCUUGGAGUGUGUGGAGUAUUGUUGGGAGAGUGGAGUUAAAUCUCAGAGGGAGUUGGUAGAUGUUUCAUCUAUCCUGGGUCUUGUCCUCUGUGGUGUUUGGAUGACAUUUCCUCUAAUAUAUCUCACCACCAGGCAUGCUGGCCAUCGUCAUCAUAGACCAUUGAUGAGACACAUUGUCACCGUCACCCCCCUCCAGACCACUGUUAAUCAGGGAGAUGUCAUCUGCCUCCGUCCCAUUAUAAAGUACACAAUUAUGGAUCUGUCCCAAAUGGCGCGCUAUUCCUUAUGUAGAGCACUACUUGUCAAAAGUAGUACACUACACUGAGUGUACAAAACAUUAGGAACACCUGCUCUUUCCAUGACUUAGACUGACCAGGUGAAUCCAGGUGAAAGCUAUGAUCCCUUAUUGAUGUCACCUGUUAAAUCUACUUCAAUCAGUGUAGAUGAAGGGGAGGAGACAGGUUAAAUAAUUAUUUUUAAGCCUUGAGAAAAUUGAGACAUGGAUUGUGUAUGUGUGCCAUUCAGAGGGUGAAUGGGCAAGACAAAAUAUUUAAGUGCCUUUGAACGGGGUAUGGUAGUAGGUGCCAGGCGCACCGGUUUGAGUGUGUCAAGACCUGCAACGCUGCUGGUUUUUCACGCUCAACAGUUUCCCGUGUGAAUCUAAGAAUGGUCCACUACCCAAAGAUCAUCCAGACAACUUGACACAACUGUGGGAAGCUUUUGGCGUCAACAUGGGCCAGCAUCCCUGUGGAAGGCUUUCGAUACCUUGUAGAGUCUAUACCCUGACGAAUUGAGGCUGUUCUGAGGGCAAAUGGGGGUGGUGCAACUCAAUAGUAGGAAGGUGUUCCUAAUGUUUUGUCCACUCAGUGUAUAUAGGGAUGCUGUUUGGAAUGCAAGUCUGAUAGAGAUGUCUUAGUUUGUUAGGACAUUUCUUUGAGAAGGGACAUUAUGGAGACUGUAGAGUACACUGUAGAGUAGACUGUAGAGUACUGUAGAGUAGACUGUAGAGUAGACUGUAGAGUAGACUGUAGAGUAGACUGUUAAGAGUGAGGACUGUAAGAGUAGACUGUAGAGUAGACUGUAGAGUAGACUGUAGACUGUAGAGUAGACUGUAGAGUAGACUGUAGAGUAGACUGUAGAGUAGACUGUAGAGUAGACUGUAGAGUAGACUGUAGAGUAGACUGUAGAGUAGACUGUAGAGUAGACUGUAGAGUAGACUGUAGAGUAUAGACCGUAGAGUAGACUGUAGAGUAGACGGUAGAGUAGACUGUAGAGUAGACCUAGAGAUAGAGUAGACCGUGAGUAGAUAGACGUUACUAGAGUAGACCGUAGAGUCAGACUGUAGAGUAGACUGUAGAGUAGACUGUAGAGUAGACUGUAGAGUAGACCGUAGAGUAGACCGUAGAGUAGACCGUAGAGUAGACCGUAGAGUAGACCGUAGAGUAGACCGUAGAGUAGACCGUAGAGUAGACUGUAGAGUAGACCGUAGAGUAGACCGUAGAGUAGACUGUAGAGUAGACUGUAGAGUAGACUGUAGAGUAGACCGUAGAGUAGACCGUAGAGUAGACUGUAGAGUAGACCGUAUGUGGAUCUGAUAUUUCAUGUGUUUAGUUUUAUUGUCGGCUUCCCCUGUCUCUGCCCUUAAAUUUUGCAUUGCUCUGAUUCUAUCUUUAGGGCAUAUUGUGUGUGUGUACAAGCCAUAUGUCACCCAUUUGCUCCCUUGCAUAAACGUGUGUGCCUGUGUUGGUGUGAUUUGAAUGUGUUGUGUGUAUUUGCUUGUGUAUUUGUAUACAGUGCUACUCUAUGUUUAGCCCGUAGCACACUACAACAUACGGUACCUUCAUAUGAAGCAGACACUGGAGUCAGAAGAUACCUCUCCAGGGUUGUUUUUAGGAACUGCAGUAUGUACAAAUAUGUCCUAUUAAAACUAUCUUAUCAGCGUUGCCACCCGUAGUUUCCUUCAAUAGGAAGCAGAGAUACAUUUCAGCUCAGGGCAACGUUUCAAAAGUGGGUCAGAAGAAGUAGCUAAGAGUCUACUGGUCCCCUCCAAAAUACAAUACAAAAAUAAGGGGAAAACAUUGACCUAGAAUAGAGGUGUUGACAGAACUGUGGGAAUCAUUGUAGUCAACAUGGGCCAGCAUCCCAGUGGAACGCUUUCGACACCUUGUAGAGUCCAUGCCCCGACGAAUAUAGGCUGUUCUAAGGGCAAAAGUUGGUGCCACUUAUUAUUAGGAAGGUGUUACUAAUGUUUUGUACGCUCAGUAAAUGUCAUGUUUUGAACUUGAAGGAGAGAGAUCUUCUCAUCUCUUCCUGUCUAUAUAUAAUGUAUAUAAUAUCUCCCUGCAUCUUUUUUUCAUACAACCCUUUUUUUCUUUACUUUUAUUCGUGUUUUCAUCCCGGAUCCAAUGAAAAAUAAUAAGCAGACAAACCCUCCUCCCCUCCCUGUAUCUAAGUCUUGUUGUUCAUCCAGACCCAGUUUAGAUGUACUGAUUGCUUUAAGUCUUCAAAAUGACUGUUUUAGUCUCAGGUUUCCCUGCCCACUGUUUCACCUACCAAUGAACACACAUCUGCAGGCUAGGAUUAGGAAGAGGUCACACACACACACACACACACACACACACACACACACACACACACACACACACACACACACACAAAGAGAAGGGGUCAACUUCCAGGUCGUCUGGACAGAAUCAGGAUGGUAUCCAUUAAGCUCAGUAGUCGGUGUCUGUGUGUGUGACUGGUCAGACCCCUCACUGACCACCAGAUUCAUGAGGGCAGGAAGAGGCCUGCCAAUAAAAUGACAGCCCUCAGGGCUUAUUCAACCAAUCACCACCAGUCUCCAGCUCUCCUUCUCCUCGUGUCACAUUUCUGAAGGCUCCUCUGACAACACUACUAGCACACAUUAAAACGAGGCGAAAUAUGCCGUUUUUUUAUUUUAGGAUUUAAGUCCAGACCUAUAAACCUACUUCAGAUUUGAUGUGAAAAUAAACUUUUAGAUAAAAGUAGCCCAGGAGUAUGAAGUAUGAAUGUUUCCCUUAGUGGUGUUGGGUUUACACUAAGUCUGAACAGGCCUAACUUUCAGAGAGGUGCUGGGGAACAGAGGUGUAAAUCUGACACAGCAGGGAGUUGUGCGUCCGAUUAUAGUUUUUCUCUAAACGGAGCCAAAUGCUAUUUCUGUGAGCAUUAACAGUGAUAAACUACCCUGUUCUAACUCUCUGUGAACUCACUUCAGUGGAGCAGCACACUAGGCCUAUGUCCAAAUAUGUAUAGUACUAUUUAUUUCCCAGUAGUCUUGAAUUUCCCAUACUUUGUGUGCGUCCCAAAUUACACCCUAUUCCCUGUAUAUAGUGCCCUACUUUUGACCAGGGCCCAUAGAGCUCUGGUCAAAAGUAGUGCACUAUAUAGGGUUCCAUUCGGGACUCAGACUUUGAAUUUAACUGAUAGAGACAGUAGUUAGUGUGUUUUCCAGCUCCUCUUCCUCUCACUCUGAUAGUCACCCACAUGGUGAAUGUGUUUAAUUACUAAAGCGUGACUCCAUUUUGAAAACACCCCCAAAUGGUCAGUUACCCCCCACCCCACAUGAAAAGAGAUGCCGUUCCUCUCUCCAGUCUGGAUCCUUCUGCUUGUCCUGCCAUAUCUCAACUGGUUGGUAUGAUACCUUAACCGCAGAGGUGGGACCAAGUCACUAUUAUUUGAGUCACAAGCAAGUAACAAGAUCUGAGUCUCAAGUCGAGUCCCAAGUAGAACGGGUCAAGACUCGAGUCAAGUCCAAGUCGUGCAUUCUAGUAAAAAAGUCAAGUAAAAACAAUUAAAAAAUAUAUACAUGCAACGACUUGUUCAACUACAAAUCUUUGUCUAUUUAUUGAGGCUACCAGACAGCCCUUUUGAUUAUUUUAUCUACAACAUAUCUUUAUUAGCUUAUGUAAUUGUAAAAUAUGGACCUUGUAGCAGUCAUAAGGGCAUGAAAUCAGCAGAAGGCAAGGCAGGUUGACGUGCUCAGAGUGUAGAUUUAUUUACAGGUCUUGGUGAUCCAAUGGUGAAAGCUACAUAUCAUACAAAUAUACAAGUAGAUUGACCAAAUAUACAUGGGCAAUAGCCCAAAAGAAAUAGCCUCUGUAUCAGGCUUAAGCUGUCCUAUCUGAACGGACACUGGUAGAGGGCAAGACUGCACAGCUUCUCCUUGAGAAACCAAAUCAAGUCUGUCAAACACAGGAGCUCAAACAGGUAGGCCUACAUAAUAUAAACACUUGGCCCCCAGGACCAUACAAUUACCCAAUUGGCAAUUACAACCAAUAAACUGGUUCUACAAUGUAAAAGACAAUGUCCACAUCUAUUGUUACAUUGGUACAUUCGUCUUAAUCAGACUAAAUUAUUUUUUAUGAUAUUCCAACACCAUGCAUACAUGGAACAAUCAUUUUGUCUUAUUCAACCUUCUGACUCCAAAGCGUGGAGCGCAGGCCACGUAGCCUAUUUCUAUGCACACUGAGGCGUGGGCGCUCCUAUUACGCACAACCAAAAUGACAGAGAUGUAGGACACGGACACACAGAACUCCGACAUAGCCCGGCAAAUAUGAACAAAGGAAACUAUACAUUUAAUUAAAGAAACAUAACUUCUACCUCAUGAUUCUUUUGAAAGUUCAUGUGCACUAUAAACAUCAUGCCCACUCAUAGCAGGGUAAGAAAUGGUUGGCUAUAAAAUGAAUGUAUCGUAGUAGGCCUAUCAGACAUAAAACAGAAAUGUCUACGUGUUGCAAUUAACAGUAAGGUAAUGGAAUGAUAAAUCGCUAGCAAUUAUUGUAGUAUUAGAUAGAAUAUACAUUUACCACAGAGGGCCUAUGCAUUUAAACAUGUGAAAGCAACAGGAAACAUUUCAACAAGAUUUAAAAAAGCACUCUCCACUGGCAGGAGUUUGGAGUGCAAGUGAAGAGCAGCGCCUAUGGUGCGUCUUCGCCACAGUAAUAUUUGAUUUUAACAACAAAUUCCAAAUGCAAGCUUCAUAAGUAAAUUAUAAAUAUCAAGCAAUUGUUACAUACCAAAAGAACAAUAGUCCUAUGCUAGUAAUUGUUGCCCCAUUUCUGGUGAGCUUGCAAAAUAAACAGUUAAUAUUGUUGAUCACCAAAUUUUUUUUUAGCUGAAAUCCUCACUCCCUACAAUUUGACAUUUGCGCUUCACCCGAUCCUAUAGCUGUACAGCAAAUCAGCAUUCUGUUUGCUAGCUCACCUGACCAGUGUUGAUUGACAGUUUGCUGGUCCAAUCAGAGUGCAGAGUGUGCAUUUCACUAGCCAAUCUGUUGCAGUUGUUUUUGCAAGGGCGAUUCUGCGGCUACUGUCUCUGGCUGCGUGUAGAUUAAUCCACGUAGUCUCUGUGCCACAAAAUGAGUGACAAAACAUUACAAAACCUGGCCAGAUAAUUUAAAGUCAUAAGUCUCAAGUCAAAGUCGAGUCCCGAGUCUUGAGGCUCCAAGUCAUGUCUCAAGUCAUGUCUCAACCCUAAUCCAGAUGUUGAUAUAAGUCUAUGAGCUAAACCCAGACAGACAUGGGUCAUGCUAUUGUUUUCAUAUUGCUACGCCAUGUGUGACUAUGUGCUACAGUGUAAACACUGUCUCUAGUUCUGUGCGUGGGUGAUGUGACUGUAUGUGUAGCAGUGGUGCCUCCCAGGGGUCAGGGUGGGUAACCAUCCAUCAUGCUGUCAGAGAGCAGUCGAGACCCCAGGGACUCAUUAUGCUGUCAGAGAGCAGUCGAGACCCCAGGGACUAGCGGGGAUGGAGAGAGAUGGCUCAGUCUCUUAGACUAUUGCAGGGGAGAUAUAGUAAUGGGUAUCUGGAUAAAUGACCUAUGGAGACCAGUGCAUUAGCAUAAACAUGAGUACAUUAGUCUCCUGAGUGGCGCAGUGGUCUAAGGCACUGCAUCGCAGUGCUAGCUGUGCCACUAGAGAUCCUGGUUCGAAUCCAGGCUCUGUCGCAGCCGGCCGCGACCGGGAGACUCAUGGGCGGCGCACAAUUGGCCCAGCGUUGUCCAGGGUAGGGGAGGGAAUGGCCGGCAGGGAUGUAGCUCAGUUGAUAGAGCAUGGCGUUUGCAACGCCAGGGUUGUGGGUUCGAUUCCCAUGGGGGACCAGUAUGAUUUAAAAAAAACAAAAAAUAAAAUAUGUAUUCACUAACUGUAAGUCGCUCUGGAUAAGAGCGUCUGCUAAAUGACUAAAAUGUAAAUGUAAUUAGCCUAGCUGAUGCUCUGCUGUCUGAGCUGAGGGGAAUACCUGGCCCGAGGACUUGAUCUGUGUGUGUGUGUGUGUUGGUGCGUGCGUGCAUGUGGGCGGGUGGGCGGGCGUGCGUGCCUUAUUCAUUCUAUCAGUAAUGCAGGCCUCUACCAUUAGGUGGUAAGGGCUUGAGAAACAAAUUGUCAGUGACCAUUGAUACAGACAUGAUCUAGCUCUACACAAUUGUGGUACGAUCAUAUUAAAAUGUCUAUCCAUUUACUGUCAGUAUUGCUAUUAUUGUGUUAUAUGUGAUGAUUAUUUUAGAUUCACUCAUUGUGAUUUCUGACUCCUCUGUGUCCUGUUCAGAUUUGUACUGUACCUUGGAGGUGGACUCCUAUGGCUACUUUGUCAGCAAGGCCAAGACCCGCGUCUUCAGAGACACCACUGAGCCACAGUGGAACGAGGUGAGAGACCAACACUCGUCAGAGCUCCAAUAUUCAGAUCAUAUUACAGUCAGUUAGUUAUGCUGUCAAUAGGACGUUGAACUCAAUAUCCAAUACUCCAUACAGUCCGUUAGUUUGACCAAUAGGAAAUAGAACCCAAUUCUCAUGUCCUUCCUGUCUGUUGUCCAAUAGGAGUUUGAGAUCGAGCUGGAGGGUUCUCAGUGCCUGCGGAUCCUGUGCUAUGAGAAAUGCUACGACAAGACCAAGCUCAACAAGGAUGACAAUGAGAUCGUGGACAUCAUCAUGGGCAAGGGCCAGGUGCAGGUAAGGAGAGCGGGACAACCCUCAUGUCAUGAAAUCAAACUCACUGUAUUCUUAUUCCGUAAGCAUGUAUGGACUUCUUUUCUAUAUGGACCCUCACAGAAACAUACAGUACCACAAGCCAUAGAGAUGGAGAAAUGCAUUCGGCUCACAGACCUUUCCCCAACGCGUGACUCACUCUUAUUGUUGUCUGGCCUCUUGUGUGCAAUAGUUGGGUGUUGUGGUGGGCUACUUUGACGUGGGUCGGUUGGUUUAACUGUCUGAGAAAGAGGGACAGAGAGAGAAUGAGAGAGUGAGUAAGUGAGAGGUUUUCCCCUUCCUUGUGGGAAAAUACACUCUAAAAAGUCCCUCGCUCUCAGAAUGUCCUGUGACUGUAACAUGUUUAGGAAGGUUGUGCAUUGCAGUCUGUGGUUAGUUAUUAAGACUCAUCACGUUGUUGUUUCUCCCUCACAUAGUCUCAGUAGUCUCUUCUCACAACCACUGUAUCACCAUGAGUCUGACAAGGGACCACUAUUUGUAGCUUUCCCAGAGACUCCUUGUUCUUCCAUCAGGUCAAGUGGGGCUUGACUCUUUUAAUUUAGUCUGUAGCUGCGUAGUGUAGUUAUGACUUUCCACUGUCAUUUUAGUGAUAGCUAUUCUCCUCUUCAGGCCUGUUUAUGUUAUCCCAGCGUCCGCCAUCUUUGAUUUUCCUCCUAAAUCUGGGUCAACUUUGAGGAUUAUUAAAGGAGUAUUACUAAAGAAUGCACAGUACUGUAUUGUUGUUUAUUUCUCUAGUGGUGCAAUUGUAGUGUAGCUAGAGGUGAGCUUAGAGCAUGUUUGACUCUUUAGUUCCUUAACCUGGUUCUUCAAAAUGAAAAUAAAGUCCCACUACACCCACACAGAAAUCAGUGUCAACUAUUCACUGGUGUUGUUGGUGGUUGUUACAGCACAGAACAACAGCUUUUUCAGGUAGAAACGAGCUCACUGCCUAGUCGUCAUGGGAAUACGAGCUCUCUCAAACGGCGGACUCUGAAAAGUGGGGCAAACUAGAAAUGUUGAGUGAAAAUGAUUCCUUUUAAGACAAGUCACAGCUAAAGCGUUCUUCUCCAAACGAUUCAACUAGUGUUGUGUGGAGAAUAUACUUAGACGGUAUAUUUGUGUACUAUAUAAAUAACAAACUAUUAGCCUAGAUUGUGAUUGUUCAUAUUCUUCUUACAUUUCUUAUCUUACACUCCAGCAUCUCUUUAGUUCUUUGCCGUUUGUUUUGUGUUUUCUGUUCUUGACUGACGUGUCAAUGCUUCUCUUCAAGUAUAGCGAAGGAUCUCACUCCACACUGCCCUCUCAUUGGCAGUCCAAUUUGGAGAGAGUUUGUUUUUAUAGAGCUGUUUAAAUGGUUGCCUGUUUCUUUUCCCUAACUACCUGUAGAAAAGCUGUUUGGAUAGAGCAUGUUUUAUUUGCCUCUAGUGAACCAGAGAGCAGCUCUGGCCUGUCUAAGUGAAUGGUCCUGUCUGCGUACUAACUCUGCGUAGGAACUGAGGAAUGUUCACAUUCUCUCGCUAUGCUAUACAUUCUGAGAUGUCAGGUACUUGAGUUAUGGUGACAUCAUCGUAGCCCAUACAGUUGAAGUCGGAAGUUUACAUACACCUUAGCCAAAUACAUUUAAACUCAGUUUUUCACAGUUCCUGACAUUUAAUCCUAGUAAAAAUUCCCUGUUUUAGAUCAGUUAGGAUCACCACUUUAUUUUAAGAAUGUGAAAUGUCAGAAUAAUAGUAGAGAGAAUGAUUUAUUUCAGCUUUUAUUUCUUUCAUCACAUUCCCAGUGGGUCAGAAGUUUACAUACACUCAAUUAGUAUUUGGUAGAGUUGCCUUUAAAUUGCUUAACUUGGGUCAAACGUUUCGUGUAGCCUUCCAAAAGCUUCCAACAAUAAGUUGGGUAGAUUUUGGCCCAUUCCUCCUGACAGAGCUGGUGUAACUGAGUCAGGUUUGUAGGCCUCCUUGCUCGCACACGCUUUUUCAGUCAAUUUCAGUCUAAUCAUCAAGCCCUUGAUGAGCUGAAUCAAGUGUGUUUGUCCGGGGAUACAACAAAAAUGUGUGCUGUUGGAGGACUGGAGUUGGGAAACACUACACUACUCCAUACAGUAAACACUCCUACUACUACUCCUACAACAUACACUUCACCAGUACAGUAGAGUACCAACAAUAAUGAUAUUACUACCAAUAAUGAUUUCUUCUAUUUCUAUCUGUUUAAAACACCUCCUGAUCUUUGGCAAGGCACCUUUUGAACCAGAUUAUAUUCCACUGUAAUUCCACUGUAAUCCCUUUAUUUAUUUUUGCCCCCGCUAAUGGGUUAAGGAGGUUUCUCGUCUUCCUGCACAGCUGCAGAGGAGGAGUGGAUGAGUGAGCCUGUUAGCUCUCUGAUUGAACUGAUUAGGAGUGGAACUCUGGAGGGUGUGUAGGAUAAGUGUGUGUGUGUGGGUACUGAGGCACUGAGCUGCAGACCUGCCUCAUACCAACGUCAUGCCCAUGGCUAAGAUGUACUGUAGAUGUACACUACUAUAACAGCCUGGCGGAGAGGCACACUAAUGUCUUCUGGGAAAACACACUGCCACCCAGCCAACAACAGCCACGUUGUCAAAAAAUGAACAAAUAAAUAAAUAUAUUGUUCGCUGCUAGCUGUUGGAAAAAGGAGGGAGAGAACAGAAGAGAAUGGUAUGUUCAGUCCCAGGCUGAGAGAUGGUGGGAUUAUGAUUGGUAAUGAGUGUUGCUGUUGCUGGGGGAGAGGAGAGAGUUUCACUCUGCAGUGAGAGAGGCAGCCAAUGACUUAUCACUAUAAGAGAGGCUUGAGCUGAAAAGGAAACUCUCAAAAGAUAACUUCUCAGUAUUUCCUUUGCUUGCAUCAGCUCUAUCGGCUGAGCGUGGGAGACCAUGUCCCUGAUAUGAAUGUGACUGUUGCUGUGUGUAAUAGUGCUGGUUAAGGGACAGGGACACUGUAGAAUGGGAGAGGGAGUCUCUAUAGCAAGGACUGAAAGAUGUUCAGAAAACACUGUGAGGAGCUAAAAUGGAGUAUAGAGGACAUUGAAGUAAAGGGACAUACUGUCGAUGUUUGAGGGACUUGACUGUAGUUUACAUGCAAACACUUCAAGGUGCUAAAAUGUAGUUUAGUAAGGGGACAGUUUACGUCCGUAAUGUCCUUCCCUGUGCAUACCUUGUGGCUGAGACGUUUUCUUUGAGCUCUUCUGUUUUUGUUUCUCGUCAAGCAACUCUGAAAGGAGCCAAAAUGUUUUGCUUUCCUCUCUGGAGACCUAACUGAUUUAUUUAACAAGACUCCAGAAUACCAAAAGCCCUUAAAUGGACAUAUCAUGCAGCAACAUUGCUCUUUAUAUUUCCUGCUACUGUUAAUUUUCUUCACAGAUGAGAAAGUUGAGAUACUGUACAGUAAGUAAGCUAUGUCCUGUAAUGAGAUUUCAAUAUCGACAUUUUCCAUCAGAGGACAUUUUGUUUGUGUGAAGGUCUCAAAUUAAGAGGAUGAUAUAUGCUAGCCUAUCCUUCAAUGUCUUGAUAGGCUGAGUUCCAUUCUCUGUUUUUGCAUGAGUAGGCUAGUAUAUAUCAAAUGUGCAGUAUGAUACAUUAUUAGUAUACCUUGAAACUAUUAGAUAUACAGUGGGGGAAAAAAGUAUUUAGUCAGCCACCAAUUGUGCAAGUUCUCCCACUUAAAAAGAUGAGAGAGGCCUGUAAUUUUCAUCAUAGGUACACGUCAACUAUGACAGACAAAUUGAGAUUUUUUUUCUCCAGAAAAUCACAUUGUAGGAUUUUUUAUGAAUUUAUUUGCAAAUUAUGGUGGAAAAUAAGUAUUUGGUCACCUACAAACAAGCAAGAUUUCUGGCUCUCACAGACCUGUAACUUCUUCUUUAAGAGGCUCCUCUGUCCUCCACUCGUUACCUGUAUUAAUGGCACCUGUUUCAACUUGUUAUCAGUAUAAAAGACACCUGUCCACAACCUCAAACAGUCACACUCCAAACUCCACUAUGGCCAAGACCAAAGAGCUGUCAAAGGACACCAGAAACAAAAUUGUAGACCUACACCAGGCUGGGAAGACUGAAUCUGCAAUAGGUAAGCAGCUUGGUUUGAAGAAAUCAACUGUGGGAGCAAUUAUUAGGAAAUGGAAGACAUACAAGACCACUGAUAAUCUCCCUCGAUCUGGGGCUCCACGCAAGAUCUCACCCAGUGGGGUCAAAAUGAUCACAAGAACGGUGAGCAAAAAUCCCAGAACCACACGGGGGGACCUAGUGAAUGACCUGCAGAGAGCUGGGACCAAAGUAACAAAGCCUACCAUCAGUAACACACUACGCCGCCAGGGACUCAAAUCCAGCAGUGCGAGACGUGUCCCCCUGCUUAAGCCAGUACAUGUCCAGGCCCGUCUGAAGUUUGCUAGAGUGCAUUUGGAUGAUCCAGAAGAGGAUUGGGAGAAUGUCAUAUGGUCAGAUGAAACCAAAAUAGAACUUUUUGGUAAAAACUCAACUCGUCGUGUUUGGAGGACAAAGAAUGCUGAGUUGCAUCCAAAGAACACCAUACCUACUGUGAAGCAUGGGGGUGGAAACAUCAUGCUUUGGGGCUGUUUUCCUGCAAAGGGACCAGGACGACUGAUCCGUGUAAAGGAAAGAAUGAAUGGGGCCAUGUGUCGUGAGAUUUUGAGUGAAAACCUCCUUCCAUCAGCAAGGGCAUUGAAGAUUAAACGUGGCUGGGUCUUUCAGCAUGACAAUGAUCACAAACACACCGCCCGGGCAACGAAGGAGUGGCUUCGUAAGAAGCAUUUCAAGGUCCUGGAGUGGCCUAGCCAGUCUCCAGAUCUCAACCCCAUAGAAAAUCUUUGGAGGGAGUUGAAAGUCCGUGUUGCCCAGCGACAGCCCCAAAACAUCACUGCUCUAGAGGAGAUCUGCAUGGAGGAAUGGGCCAAAAUACCAGCAACAGUGUGUGAAAACCUUGUGAAGACAAAGUAUUGAGAAACUUUUGUUAUUGACAAAUACUUAUUUUCCACCAUAAUUUGCAAAUAAAUUCAUAAAAAAUCCUACAAUGUGGUUUUCUGGAUUUCUUUUUCUCAUUUUGUCUGUCAUAGUUGACGUGUACCUAUGAUGAAAAUUACAGGCCCCUCUCAUCUUUUUAAGUGGGAGAACUUGCACAAUUGGUGGCUGACUAAAUACUGUUUUUCCCCACUGUAAAUGCCACUGAAGAAUACUGCAGUGCCCGUCCCACCCAGACUGCUGAAAGUAAGUUCUGAUUUAUCUGCCUUAUUUCCAUGGAUACAGGGCACCCUGUGGGGCAUAGUGAGGUCAAACUGGUGUGUGUGCAUGUGUGCCUCCCUGAGGGUCAGCCACUCCAACACACACACACACACACACACACACACACACACACACACACACACACACACACACACACACACACACCAACACCCCUGCAGUACUGCUCUGAUCUGUCUCUGCCUGAUUGAGUCCCAGCCGGCAAGCAGCAAUUAAGUUCCACAUACACAGCUCUGACCCCCAAGGAGAUAACCUCUGACCCUUGACCUCUAGGGGUCAAAGCCCUAAUCCUCCAUUAAACAACAACAUGUUAGAGGCUAUUUCCCACCUGUCUGUCUUUCAUUUCACAUUGGGAACAUUUAAUGGGCUCUUAAUCUCCUCUGAGGGGGGCUAUUGCAGAACUGAUCAAUAUCUGUCCUCCAGAUAAAAUAAAUAUAUUUGUUGCGGUUUUAACUGACAUAAAACUGCAACAAAGAGAUGUAUUUAAUCUCUAGCUGGUCCGUAUUGAAUGAGGGCUGUGUCUGAAAUGGCAGCCUAUUAUAGUGCACUACUUUUGACUAAGGCCCACAUAGGGAAUUCCUAGGGAAUAAGGUGCCAUUUCAGCCCCAGCCGAAGUUGCAAGGAGGACGUUGACUGUCCUCAAAUGCCUUGGUGUUGAAGCGAGAGCUCGUGUGACUAACUGACUGGAUUUCCAUUUCAGCCUUUUUGCAUUUCAGAAAUGGCUCUUUUGUGACCUUUAGGUGCCCGUGAUUACUAAGAAUAUGUUAUUUCUAAAGGGGACCGGUUACGCAACGCUUGAGAUGACAACCCCGACCAGUGCUUUUGUACAGCGGACAUGCAUCAGUCUAAGCAGCUAAAGCCAGCAAUGCUUUUAUGUAGUAACCCCCCACACACACCCUCUCCUCACCCCACCCCCUGGGGCUCAAGCCCGGCCUUUAAUUUCUCUCUCUCUUAUCUGGAGGAGAGAGUGUUGUCUUUCAUACACCCACUGCUCACACAGCCGUCCGUCUGAAUGGGUUGGCUCCAGCACAGAGAAGACUGGGACUGGAGAAGAUUGAGGAGAUACUGAUGGUAUGACUCUGAUAUUGAUAGACUGAUCUUCUCCUUCUGUUAGGCGACACGUCUCUCCAGAGGCUUUAUCCCACUGCCUGCUAUCCCCAAUGAGUUUUUCCUCAUAAGAGCUGCCAGGAGUGAGACCACACUGAAUUCCACUGUACUGCAAUGGCCUGAACUUUGCAAGUAUCCACAGUGUGUCCCUCUGUGGUGGAUU